GUGUAUGUACAAGUCCGUUACUAAGGAAAUAGUACUACAUAUGACGUGGCAGUUUCUCAGACUCUAAAUAUCUAUUUCUCUUUUCGGGUGCCUACGUCUUACUUACUGUUGAUUUAGCACCUCUAAAGGAAAGGCAAAGAAUAACACGCCUAUAGGAACGACUCUGGAGAGGAACAUGUCUUUUUCAAACAGAAGCGUUUCCCCUGGGCAACGAUCGAACUCGCCUGUGGCGUCUAAGGGUGAAAUAGAGCUUCAGGAAAACCGUCCUACCGAAGUAGAAGAUAAGCUCUUCCUUACCACAAAGAAAACUAAAGCGACCAUUGACGGUCAAGAGCAACUGAAAGGUAUUUCAAUCAGGAAUAUGAGCAAUGGUAGUGGUUUGCUGCAAACUGAUGACGAGAAGAGCGAUGCCAGCCAAGGUCAGAGAUUGUAUCGUGUGGCUCUGCUGGCUAUGUGUUUCCUCUCAGCAGUUUCUCUUGGGCUCACCUUGCUGAUGUUGUUUGGUGUACUUCACGUUGGUUCACCCCAAUGUACCUGCUCUGGAGAAACAGGUAUUUGUUGACUCAGAAGAUGUUUUAUUGUAAAUUUUAAUUCAUACCUUGAAUACCUUGAUUGAAAGCGAUAUUCAGCGAUAUUCUCUUCAUUUACACAAAAAUCACCCCCCCCUUUCCCUGGCCUCAAAAUAUGUGCGAUGAACAGGGUUUUUCAGAUUUUUUCCUUUUUCGUUUUUUUGUAUUUCUUGGACUCAGAUUAUUGACAGCGAAUAAAUGUCAUUAACGUAUAAGAUGAUCAGGAAAGUCUCACCAAUUAAAUAUAAGAUCAUCCUUCCCCCUUUGGGAAUCAUAAUAGCGAAACUGCAUCCAAUGUUACCCGUUCAGACCGAAAUAUUUAAUCUAUCGCAAAAAAAGUUCUCUUUUUAUGGCUUAUCUACAGUUUUUUCCGAGACCAAAAGAGAACAGAGCACAUUCAGGGCUUCUCUAUUUGUUUUAUAAUGACGAAUCCGUUAAAUUCCCCAAGAAUUACUUUCAAUUUUCAAAACAAACUUUAUUUCCAAAGCGAACAAGAGUGUCGUCUCCGUGAUCGUAUACUCUCAUAUAGCACGCUACAAUAAGCCAAUCAGAAUCCCUGUUAGAAUGGUUCAAAUAAUCUGAUUGGCUGUACAGGACUAAAGCUAUCAAAAAUGUCCAACUAUCAAAGUUCAAAAACCAUCAAAGUUCAUAUUCUGUAAUAGUUUUCAAACUAAAAUAGUUCGGCAUUUAAAAAUUUUGCCUGAAGUUUUUUAGUUUCUAGAACAGAAUCUGAAAGUGAAAUGUUCAGUGAGAUUCGGCCCAAUCGUGGCUCACAAAAAUACGCAAGUUAUUUCGCAUGACAAGUAGAAAACAAACUGAUCAAGGCGAGUGUUUUAUGAAUGAACAACAGCCGAAUUCACCGGGACAUGAGGAUCGCUCAGAAUGACAGCGCCGUAAAACUCGGCUGCAGUGACUGAUGUGGCCUUCCACUCAACGCAUCGGAAAGUUUACCAGAGCAAGCUCUUAUUUUUCUUCUCGAAGGGCAGUCGAUUUAGUUCCUGAGGCUUGCUCCACUGCGAUAACCGAAGAUCGCCAUGAUAAGCUAGCCGCGAUAGACCUCAGCAUGAUCGCAGUCGCUCUGACCCCGUCAUGAUUAGUAUAAAUUUUAACAGUUAUGCCAGGUUAUAUUUUUCAUCAUUCGUUUUUUUUUGUUUUGUUUUUGAACAUUGCAUAGCAAUUAUUUCGAAAAAAUCGUUUCCUUUCCUUUUCGCCGACCGUGUUCACAGAGUACGCGGUGAUCCAAGCGUGACACUUAAAAUUUUUCGUCAGAUUCUACCAGAAAAACUGAUUCAAAAUACUAUAAGGAGAUUGUAAAAUGACGCCGGAGGGCGAAUGUAUUUACCGUAAAACAAUUGACUGUAUUUCCAGGAUGGUUCUUGAGAAAGAAGAUUUUAGAAGGUUUUCAGUAAUCUGGAAAUUUCGUGUUACAGGAAAUUGGGUCGUGGCGCGCGUUGCAUUAAGGGUGAAAAUGGGCCUCAAAGAAGUUAAUUAGGAACGUCCAAGUUUUAAUUUCUACACCCCAAUGAAUGAGUUCCCAGUAAUCGGAUCCUAGUGUUUGCACAAAGAUCUUAUGGCAAAAGGUUGUGUCGGACAAAAAAAAAAAACGAUUUUAGAGAUAGGGCAUUUUCCCGCUGUUUAAUCAUAAAUCGAUUGAGGUAAUGUAGAUAAGAGUGAAGCGUAACUUUUUUUUUUGAAUCACAUGAUAUGUAAUGAAACCUAAUAAAAAAUUUUUCCCAACGCAUAUAUGUGUAAGGUUUAUUUUGGAAUUGGUAUCGCAUAAUGGUCUCGAAAUUUAAAAAAAUUUGCUAUGAAUAGCCAGGAAAUAAAUUCACAAAACCUUCUCAAUUUUACUUAAUGUAUUUCGUCUACUUUUGGCUUUUUUCUUAGCUUGGUAAUUCCAAAGAGCCACCUAGAGGCAACACGAGAUUGAAAUUGUUUGCUUGAGCAUAAUAUUAUCGUGUUACGUAAAAGGAUUUAAUACUUAAAUUGCUUAUUUGUUGCGAUCGACGAGAAUGAAUCAGCGUUUAAAAUAAUUUCUUAAUUGAACCGUUUCUUCUGCGACGAUGUGUAUGUACAAAUGCAUUUCUGAAAUUGUGCACAGUUUCUACCCGAUCGAGCUCCCGUGACCUUAUUGUUCCUGAAAUACCUUUCGAUUUUUCUCAAACAAACUAUUACUUUACCGAGGAUUUCCUCAUGUUUCUCAUUGUUUAUUUUAUUCCUCCGAAGAGCAACGGCUCGGUAAAACAUAAUGACUUCUCUCCUUUGAGGAGGUAUAUUUUCAGACGCCUUAAUGCGUUCAUUAAAAACGUAAACAGGUACAAAACAGGCUUUACCCACAUAAUACAACGGGAUAGACUUUACAAUUAUUAUUAUUAUUAUUAUUAUUAUUAUUAUUAUCAUUAUUAUUAUUAUUAUUAUUAUUAUUAUCAUUAUCAUUAUUAUUAUUAUUAUCAUUAUUAUUAUUACUAUUAUUAUUAUCAUUAUUAUUAUUCUAAUCAUUCUUUAAAUCGUCAGCCAUGCAUUUAUGCAUCCAUUCAUUUAUCAAUGUUUUUCUUUCAUCGAUUCAUGAAGAAAUAUUAGAACUUAAGAAGAAUCUAGAAGACUUGAAAAGGAAUCUCUCGGCUCUGAGAGAAUCUUCGGUAGGUAAAAAAUUCUGCGUUUAUAUUAGGGGAAAAAAUUCAACGAUGUAAAUCUCAUCACGAGACACAUCCUUUUCUGCUGGAAACAAAAACAAAACCUCAAGUUGUGGGAAUUUUGAUAUUCUAUAAUCAAUACAAUCUGCUACAGAACAUCAACCAAGAUUCUUAUCAUGCCAUUUCAGCUUAAGUGGGUUCUGCGGGCUCAAAUAUAAAUUGCUACAGAAAGCUGCCUGGUAAAUUGACUAUUGAUGAACGAAGGGAAAAUGAGUCCUUUUUUCUGUCCUCGUCUAUUCAAAAUAAUUUUCAGUGUUCGUUCAUAGUCUUUAGUUAGAUCCUUUGAGGUAAAUGGGGGUCUAAGGGCAACGUUAUCAGUAAAGAAACUAUUUGUGUGCUUGGCAUUCGAAUAACGACACAGUUAUAAAGUCUUUGCUACUCAAAUUUUUUCUCUUUUUCAUGGCAGAUUAAAAAGGAGUUGUUGAGUGUCGAAGACAAAGUAGGUUCACUCUGAAUAUCCAUGACUAUUCAAAACAUAUAUUUAAAAUUAUCUCGUUUUAUAUUUAUUAACUGAUUUCCUUAUUGAGUUAUGUGUUAAUUUUAAGGAUUCAUCAAUCUUAUGGCCUUUAUCUGAAACAGUUAUUAAACAUUAAGUAACGCAGAUCCAUUUCUUGAAUUUCUUACAUAUCUUGCAGCGCGUGUACACGCCAAAUUAAACUCAAUUACGACGCAAUCUCUUUAUGUAAACUUUUUUAUUCAUUAUUGUGACAGUUUUCCAAAGAUUUAGAGAAUCUGAAGAAAAUCGUCACAAAGGUAAGUUUUGUUUUUCUUGACAUCUGUUUUUCUUAGAGUUGUUGACGGCGAUAUCAGAAUGCAAUCAUUCGCCUAUUUGCUUCUAGAAUCACAACCAUAUCAUUACAGCUUUAUGAUUUAAUAACAGUUCUUAUCUCUUCAGCAGGUGGAAAACUGGAAACUGGAAAAUGUGACAGUAGGUUACCCUCUAAACUUACUUACAUAACAGUUCAGGAAUUUCAUUUACAAAUGGCUCCAGCACAAGCCUACGCUACCCCUCUUCACGAGCGCUCCUCGGUAUCAGUGAAUUCUUUACUUCCUCUUCUCGGAAAAUGUGUCCCUUUUUUCCUGCUCGUGCCUAUCCAAAAUUAUUUUCCGUUCUUCGAUUGACUCCCAUAUUAUUCCUUGCUUUUUUCCUUUCAUCACUUUCCGUCUUACAUUUUAAAUCAGUAAUUGGUCAAGAACAUAUUUCUAUUCGCUGUUUUAUCAGGUUUUAAAGAAAAUUCUGGAGAAGGAAGUUGCCGAGGUGGGUUAGUGAAUUUCUGUUUCUUUGAAGUAAAUGGGGGUCUUGAGGCAGCGUUAUCAGUAAAGAAACUCUGUGUGUGGUUGACAUUCGAAUAACGACACAUCCAGUUAUAAGUCUGUUGUUCAAGAGUUUUUUUUUCUUUUUCAUGGCAGAUUAAAAUGGAGUUGUUGAAUGUUGAAAACAAAGUAAGUUUACUCUGAUCAUCCAUGAAAAUUCAAAAAUAUAUUUUUGAAUUAUAUUCUUUGAUAUUUCUUAAUUGAUUUCCUUGUUGAGUUCCAUAUUUAUUUCGAUAAUUCAUAGAUAUUGCGGCCGUUAUUUGCAUCAGUUAUUAAAAAUUUAGUAGAUUUAGACAUUCAGUUUAAUUAUGUAUUUCUAACUUUUUAUACUCACUACAAAUGUCCGUUUCUCAUGUGAAAGGUUACAAAUCAACAGACAGACAUUUCUUGAAUUUCUUACGCUUCUUGUGGUACGUGUACACGCCAAAUCAAACUCACUUGAAUCAAAUAGUGCAUUCUUAUUUCGACAAAAUCAAAUAGUGUAAUCUUACGACAACAAAAUCUCUUUUCGUGAACUUUUUUAUUCAUUAUUGUGGCAGGUUUCAAAAGGUUUAGAGAAUCUGGAGAAAAACGUUACAAAGGUAAUUUUUUCCUCUUCCUCGUCUGUAUAUUCGUCUUCUUGCAUUACUGUUUUUUAGAGCUGGGGACGGCGAUAUCAGAAUGCAACUAUUCGUGUGUUUGGUUCUAGAAUUACGACCCUAUCAUAACAGCUUUAUGGUUUAAUAACAGUUGUUAUCUCUUUGGCAGGUGGAAAAGAAGCUGGAAAAUGUGACAGUAAGUUAGAUUCUGGACAUAAAUACACGAAUGAUUCCAGCACAAACCUCCCACCACUCCUCCUCUCGAGUGCUCCUCGGUAUCAAUGAAAUAUUUACUUCCUCUUCUCGGAAAAUUUAUUUUUUUGCCCAAAAAAGUAUCGUUCUUCAUGUCAAAACAGGAUAUCUUGUUUCUCUUAGAUCACAUGGCCACUGAGAUUCAACAAUUCUAAGAGUGAUAUUAGACUUGCCGAACCAGCCGGACCUGCCGGACCUGCCGGACCUGCCGGACCUCCAGGAUAUAAUGGUACUCAGGGCCUUGCAGGACCGCCUGGAUUACCUGGUCUACAGGGCCCUCGUGGACCAACUGGGUACAAUGGCACCCGCGGCCCACCUGGACCUGGGGCCAGUUCCUGUAUUUACAAUACUAACACCAGCGCUGGAACGCCAGUAGGCGUGGCCGCUAGGCAAGAAGUGCAGGUGAUAGAGUUAAACGUAAGUUACCGGAUUAGCUCUGUGAUGGGUACAGAAGAAUUUGUCCUUGUCUAGAAUAUGACGUUUUCUCGAACAUUCCGGAAUCCUACAACACAACUAUUCUUGUAGAGUUUCUUCAUAAUCACAUACUAUGACUACAUCACCGUGACUAGACUGACCAGGCUUUCUGGGAAAAUUCCAGAAACCAAUAUUUUACAGUCACUUCUUGUACCACCAAAUUCAAAGAUAUUUAAGUUGUCAUUGCUCUCUUUUGUCAAUUUCGAAAUCGUUUCAGCGUUAAGUCUCGCGAGGCAUAAAAUUUGAACGCCAUAGAUUGUAAGGGAGAAGGGACCAUGAAGAAAUAACCUCUUUAGCGAACUUUUGUCGUCGGCUUUCUCAAAACAUAAAAUUUAUGUUGUGAGAGAGAAAAUGUACAUUGAUCUAUUCACAAACAGGAAAGAAAUGCUUUAGUCGUCUGCGUUUCCAACUCUUGACGUCAUUGAUCAUUAUCGUCAUCAUUAUUUUCUUUUUUUGACAGAACACGACGUUUAUUGGUGUAAACUGUGGUACAAAUGACGCAAAAGUUGCUAUUUUAUCAAGCACCAUCUCAGGUGGAAAGAGAACCUACAAGUGCUCUUGCAAAUUUGGCCUAGCAACUGGAGAAUCAACUAUGUUUUGCUAUAUCCACUACUGGGAGUGUCAGUCCUAAAUAGGAAAACGUUUAGUCAUUUAUUUAACAUGGCCAUUUGUAGAGACAAUAAUAGAGUGUUUUACCAGAAACGAGAUGAAGAACAAUUUAGGUAGUUUAACAUGAGUGCUGUAAUAUUAAAAACUACCCUUUUUUUGUCGUUAGUAAGUUACUUCUUUCCAAAUGUGCCCCUUAAGAGUAAAAGGCAACUAAGGAUUGCAUCAGAUCAUAUUGUUACGGAUAUUGAUCAGGGCUUAUUUCAGACUUAGCCUUUCGGCAUUAGGGAAGGUAACAGAGUUAAAAGUGCAGUCAUUUUCUUUCAUUUAACGAACACAUAUUCAAGAACUUUUCAUAAGUUUUAUUGGAAACCGACAUUUUACAAGACGAGCCAAUGAAUUUUUCACGAACAGUAAAAAUAAUUUAAUUUUGAUAGAAGUUUUUGCGACGUGAACCGCUUAACCGUGAUUUUAUAUAUUCACGCCAGUCCUCCUCUCUAAGGUUGAUUCCAAGAGAGUGUGUGUUCUGUUUAUCUGUAACUGAA